GUGGCCGGCUGAAUUGGGUGUAGCUGUUGUCUGCGCGCCUUGGCCAAUGGAACCAGAUCCUCCCUGCAGUGCGUAAGAGCGCAAGUUAGCAUUUAACCAAGUCUUUGCUGCGGGGCAGCCUGCAGUCUUCACAGUCUUCAACCAGAGCCCGUCGACGCGAGAGAGUCCUCGCAAUGCCAGUGUAGUCUUCAGACGUCUUUGGAGUCAGAUUUGUAACCUUCAGCCUACUUUUCCCCCCUCUUUUUCCCCCCUUUUUUCUUUUUCUUUGUUCUUCUUCUUCUUCUUCUUUUUUUUAAUCAACAAGAAACGUUCCCCCACCCCCCCACCCCCGAACCAUGACUGGAGUAUUCGACCGAAGGAUUCCGAGUGUCAAGCCUGUCGACUUCCAGAGCUCCUUUCAACUUUCUGCCAUGCACCACCCGUCUCAGGAAUCUCCUACACUGCCCGAGUCGACGGCCACGGAUUCUGGCUACUACAGUCCCGCUCCUAGUGGAAUUUCCCAUGGCUAUUGUUCGCCCAACUCAGGCUCGUACGGGAAACCUCUCAAUGCCUACCAGUACCAGUAUGGCGUAAACGGAUCCGCUGGAAAUUACUCGACAAAAUCCUACCCCGACUACGGCUCGUACACGACCUCCGCUUACCACCAGUACGCCGGGACGUACAGCAGAGUACAGCCCCAGCCAAGUCCACAAGAAAAGGAUGUUGCAGAGCCGGAGAUAAGGAUGGUGAACGGAAAGCCCAAGAAGAUCCGAAAACCCCGCACGAUCUACUCCAGUUUCCAGCUGGCCGCCCUGCAGAGGAGGUUCCAGAACACGCAGUACUUGGCCCUGCCCGAGAGAGCCGAGCUGGCGGCCUCCCUGGGACUCACGCAGACGCAGGUGAAAAUUUGGUUCCAGAACAAAAGAUCGAAACUGAAGAAGAUCAUGAAGAACGGCGAGCUUCCGCCCGAGCACAGCCCCAGCUCCAGCGACCCUAUGGCGUGCAACUCCCCGCAGUCCCCGGCCGUUUGGGACGGCCAGGUCCCCCCCAGGCCGCACGCGGGCCUGCAGCCCCCCAACAUCAACGCCACCACCGCUUCCGGUUUUUUGGAAAACUCCGGGUCAUGGUACACCUCCACGGCCGGCGGCUCCAUGAAUUCCCACCUUCAGACCCCGAACACGAUACAACAUUCUUUGGCUCUUGGAGCGGGGACGUUAUAUUAAAUGCCUGUUUUUCAUUUACUUAUUUUAUUUUAUUUUUUUUUCUCUUCUUCUUCUUCUUCUUCUUCUUCUUCUUCUUCUUCUUCGGCUUCUGCUUCUUCUUCUUCUUCUAUGGGACUUUGUGUUUAAAUUUCAGAGGAAUAUGCAAUGUAUUUGAUGACAGUCAUUGAAGAAAUGUGUAAAAUGUGUAAAUGUGUGCAUGUAAUUUAUUGCAUUUUGGAAGACUAUUAAACGUUUUA